CUCAAGAUCUAUACCAGACUGCAAAAAUAGCCAAACUAAUGAUCGCUUUAAAUAAAGGUGACGUUAAUAUUUACAAAGGAAAGAGCUUAGACGAUAUCAAUAUAGAAGAAAAUGACUACUUGGAAAUUGAAAACAUAGAAACAGAAGUAAAUGAAAUAAAUGAAAAAGAAUUAACAGAGCCUACUCAUUCUUGGAGUCCUAAAAGUAAUUUUAGCGAUGUAACUGACGAAAAGAUUGAACAAGCUAAUAAAAAUGAAAAAGUUUCGUCGAAGGGUAAAAGAAAGUUAUUUACCGAUGAAAUGACGCAUCCAAUGCAAAAUAAUAAAGUUACAAAAAGAAAGGAGGUGCCAACUACUGAAAAAACCGAAAGCACUUCAAAUGUUAAUUUCUUUAGAUAACUAUUACUCUGCUACUCGUAAUACAAUUGUUU